AUGACGUACCGAGCAGUGGUAUUUGAUAUGGGUGGUGUUAUCAUGAACUACUCUAAGAUGCCUUACAUUAAAGGGCUUUUUGACCUCUCCAAGAAUAAUAGCAUACUUCAAGAAACAUGGGAUAGCCUUGAACUUGGAAGAACCAAUCUAAAAGACUGUGAUUCUAUAUUCAAGGAUUUUAUAAGUGAAAAGCCACUACUUUGCGAGGAAAUAAUGAAGGCUGCGAAAAAUGGGCUUGUGCUCUCAGUAUUCGAAAACAUGACCGAAGUUCUUGAACUUUUGCCGUUUGUUUCUUGCAUUUACCCUUUAGACUACUCUUUGAAAUUUUUUAAACAGCAUGUGGGUUCUGUGGAAGAUGAAAAUUUUGCCAAAGUUUUACCAGCACUGAAGCAACACGGUUAUUUAAUUGGUUUAUUGACAAACAACGCUUUCCAUACAAAUGAACGGAAACGUUCUUUGGUAAUGGAGGAUGCCGUACAGAAGUUUGAUGCUGUGGUUGAAUCCUGUAGAGAGGGAAUCAGAAAGCCUAACCCAGAAAUUUACAAACUGAUGGCAUCAAGGUUAAAAGUCCGCCCAGAGGAGUGUGUUUUUUUGGAUGAUUUUGCGGACAAUUGUAAAGGUGCUGAAGCUGUUGGCAUGAAAGCCAUUAAGGUUGGUUAUGAGUCAGCAGUGCCUGCUAUUCGCGAACUUGAACGUUUAUUAGACAUGAAGUUGCUAUAA